AGUCGAUUUAUCGGAGCUCAAUUCCACAGCCCAAUUACGGGGAUCUUUUCAAAUUUCUGUUGGUAUAUUGUAGUGGAGACCAAGUUUUUUCUCAUUCCAUAGAGUUUCAGCUGGUUAAGGGAAUAACUACAUCCUUUUACAACUCCAAUAUGGGAGAAGCUCAACAUCAAAUGCAACAAAAAAUCCAUGUACAGGAGGAAGCCAAGGAACAAAAUGCAAAUGUCAUGAACCCCCACCAACCACCACCAGAACUUCCUAAACAACAAAAAAACUACAUGUGGUGGCUCCGGAUGGCGGUGUACUCCUUCCUCGUCCUCUCCACCCAGGCAUCCGCCACGCUCUUGGGAAGACUCUAUUUCGCCAAAGGCGGAAGCGGCAAGUGGACUGCAACUCUCGUCCAGAUCUGCGGCUUCCCGAUCCUCCUCCCAUUCCUCCUCUUCUCUCCAAACAAACCUCAAAAAUGUGAAGACAACCGUCCCGACGCGCCCUCAUUGGUAACCCUGGCUUCCCUCUACCUCUGCUUAGGUGUCUUCCUGGCUGCAAACUGCAUGUUGUAUUCCAUUGGCCUUUUAUACCUUCCCGUCUCUACUUACUCCCUCAUUUGUGCAAGCCAGUUGGGCUUCAAUGCCUUGUUUUCUUACUUCCUCAAUUCACAAAAAAUCACUCCUUUCAUCAUAAACUCCCUUGUCAUCCUCACUAUAUCAUCCACCCUCCUUGUCUUCCAAAAUGACUCUUCUGGCUCAAAUAAAGUCUCCAGAGGGAAGUAUGCAACCGGGUUUUUGUCCACUGUCGGUGCGUCUGCUGGAUACGCAUUGUUGCUCUCCGUGACUCAACUAGCCUUCAGGAAAAUACUAAGACAAGAAAAUUUUCGGGUCGUUUUGAACAUGAUAAUCUACCAAUCCCUAGUCGCAACGAUAGUGAUUUUGGUGGGGCUUUUUGGUAGCGGAGAAUGGAAAGGUUUGACCAAGGAAAUGGAUGGUUUCGAACUGGGAAGAGUUUCCUACGUCAUGACUUUGGUUUGGAUAGCUAUUUCUUGGACAUCUUUCUCAAUCGGCGCAGUCGGGUUGAUUUUUGAGGUCUCUUCUCUCUUCUCCAACGUCAUCAGCACUCUGGGCCUGCCGAUUAUUCCGGUGGCGGCAGUGUUUGUUUUUCACGAUACGAUGGGUGGAAUAAAGGUGGUGGCGAUGUUGUUGGCGAUUUGGGGAUUCGUUUCGUACAUUUACCAGCAUUACCUGGACGAAUUGGAGUCCAAGACUAGAAGCGACCAGCACGACAAUGGAGUUUCUGAAGUUUCCCUUGCUGAAAGGGCUUAAUUAGCAGGUGAAUAGAUGAACAGAGUCCAUAAAAUCAGGACCCCAUUGAUCUGUUUAGAUCACUCGAGUCAAUGUAAAAGUGGCUUGAGCAACAAAAUGUGUUUGGUUUUGUGUUGUAUGGACUUCAAAAUCAAUACAAAAUUGGCUCAAACAGUGUGAAAACGAAUUAAUGUUUUUAUUGGACUUCCAGAUUAAGGUGAAUCUUUGCAGAAAA